CACCGCCAGCAAAUUACUGUGCAACUUCGCCCGGGCGCCGGGGCUCGGCUGUUGUUUUGGUUUGGUUUGCUCUCCCCACCCCCAACCCCUCCUGUUUUCUGCCUCCCGCUCGCUCUUUUUUUUUUUUUAACGUUUAAAUACUUUUUUUUUUUUUGGCGUGGCGGUGGGUUUUCCUCUCUCUUCUGCUCCGUUCACCUGUGAUCAGCGGAUGCAAGUCAGACACGCUCCCUUCCUCCCUCUCCCUUUCUCUCGAAGUUAGCAAAGAACAAAAAAAAAUAGAUCUGUUAAGAAUAAGAGCGAGAGAGGAGGGGUAUGCGCGUGUGUGCCGGGAAGAGAGAGAGAGAAGGACAUUGCCGAGUGCUCCGCACACUCCUCCCUCCUUGCAAAGUGAAGCAGCAAGUUUGCCUUGCACCUGUUUGAGCAGCUUGAAUCCAGAUCGCCACCGAUCCCCGCAAGUGGUUUGCAAAAGGGAGAAAGUUUUCGCCUGCGGGGUUGCCGAUCGCUCUCGUCGCGUUUUCCGUCGUCUUCUCCUUUUUUUUUUUUUUUUUUUUUUUAACCUCUACAUCUGUACAGAUACAAACAUUUUUUUGCCUCGCUCCCCGUCCUCCUUGGCUCCUCUAUGUUUGAUUAUUUUUUCACGCCUGGUGCCGGUGGAAAAUAAAAAAGCUACGUGAAUGUACAGCAUGAUGAUGGAGACGGACUUGCACUCCCCCGGCGGAGCCCAGGCCCCCACGAACCUCUCGGGGCAGACCGGAGCGGGAGGCGGCGGCGGAGGCGGCGGGGGGAACAAAGCGAACCAGGACCGGGUCAAGAGACCCAUGAACGCCUUCAUGGUGUGGUCGCGGGGCCAGCGGCGGAAGAUGGCCCAGGAGAACCCCAAAAUGCACAACUCGGAGAUCAGCAAGCGCCUGGGCGCCGAGUGGAAAGUCAUGUCCGAGGCCGAGAAGAGACCGUUCAUCGACGAGGCGAAGCGGCUGCGGGCGCUGCACAUGAAGGAGCACCCGGAUUAUAAAUACCGGCCCCGGCGGAAGACCAAGACGCUGCUCAAGAAGGACAAGUACUCGCUGGCCGGGGGGCUGCUCAGCGCCGGCUCGGCCGGGGGCGGUCCGGCCGGCGUCGGCGUGGGCAUGGGCGUCGGCGUGAGCCCCGGCGGCGUCGGGCAGCGGCUGGAGAGCCCCGGCGGCACGGCGAGCGGCGGCUACGCGCACAUGAACGGCUGGGCCAACGGCGCCUACCCGGGCUCGGUGGCGGCGGCGGCGGCGGCGGCGGCGAUGAUGCAGGAGGCGCAGCUCGCCUACAGCCAGCACCCGGGCACCGGGGGGCACCCGCACCACCCGCACCCGCACCACCCGCACCACCCGCACAACCCGCAGCCCAUGCACCGCUACGACAUGGGCGCCCUGCAGUACAGCCCCAUCUCCAACUCGCAGGGCUACAUGAGCGCCUCGCCCUCGGGCUACGGCGCGCUGCCCUACGGCUCCCAGCCCCACCAGAACUCGGCGGCGGCGGCGGCGGCGGCGGCGGCGGCGGCCGCCGCCUCGUCGGGGGCGCUGGGCGCCCUGGGCUCGCUGGUGAAGUCCGAGCCGAGCGUGAGCCCGCCCGUCACCUCGCACUCGCGGGCCCCGUGCCCCGGGGACCUGCGGGAGAUGAUCAGUAUGUACUUACCGGCCGGGGAAGGAGGGGAUCCGGCGGCCGCCGCCGCCCAGAGCCGGCUCCACUCCCUGCCGCAGCACUACCAGAGCGCCAGCACGGGGGUGAACGGCACCGUCCCCUUGACGCACAUCUGAGCCCGCGCCGGGCCCCGGCGCCGGCGGC